UUGAGGGGAAGGGUGUAUAUAAAAUGGCCAUAAUCACAGCAAUUCUUUGGAGCUAAGUGUGAGAAAAAAAAUGGAAGAGAAAGCAGAAGAACGUGUGAUAAUAGUAGGGUGUGGCCCCUCCGGUCUCUCGGCGGCGGCCUGCCUUAACCUCCUCUCAAUACCUUACGUAAUUCUGGAGCGAGAAGAUUGUUACGCUUCUCUUUUUAAGAAAUAUGCGUAUGAUCGUCUCCAUCUCCACUUGGGUAAACAAUACUGUGAGCUUCCUCACUUGCCAUUCCCGUCUUCUUUUCCAACAUUUAUUCCCAAAGAUCAAUUCAUCAAAUACUUAGAUCACUAUGUUUCUCAUUUCAACAUCAGUCCUCUAUAUCAAAGAUCCGUUGAGUUGGCUAACUACAAUGAAGAAAGCAAGAAAUGGAUUGUUAAAGCUAGGAAUAUUGUGUCAGAUGAGAUUGAGGAAUACAAAGCAAAGUUCUUGAUACUAGCAACUGGAGAGGCAAGCAACCCUUUUAUACCAGAGAUUGAAGGACUGAAUACUUUCACUGGAGAAGUUAUUCACUCGACUCGCUAUAAAAACGGCAAGCCAUAUGGUGAUAAGAAUGUUCUGGUUGUUGGGUCUGGUAAUUCAGGCAUGGAAAUUGCAUUCGACCUAGCCAACCACGGUGCCAAAACUUCCAUAGUUGUUCGAAGUCCGGUUCAUAUAUUGUCAAAAGAGAUUGUGCUCUUGGGUUUUGCUAUGUUAAAGUAUUUUCCGUAUGGAAUGGUGGAUUCGUUUAUGGUGUUUCUGAGCAAGCUUGUUUUUGGAGAUCAGAGCAAGUUUGGAAUUAGGAGACCUGAGGGAGGUCCACUUUUCCUGAAGAACGCAUACGGCAAAUACCCAAUCAUCGACGUCGGCGCUUUUAGGAAGAUUAAGUCCGGAGAGAUUCAGGUGUUGCCAGCAAUAGAAAACAUAAGAGGCAAUGAAGUGGUAUUCAAAAAUGGCGAAUUACAUCUGUUUGAUUCAAUUGUCUUUUGCACUGGCUUCAAGAGAUCAACAAACAAGUGGCUUAAGGGAGAUGAUUACUUAUUGGACGAAGAUGGAAUUACAAAACCCAGCUACCCGAAUCAUUGGAAAGGAAAGAAUGGUUUGUUCUGCGUUGGAUUGUCAAGGCGAGGACUUAAUUUGGCUGGGAAUGAUGCUCAGAGUGUAGCUGAUGAAAUCAAAUCACUUCUGUCCCUCAAACCAAUCACUUAAAUAUAACAUUAAAUAUUGCUACCUAGCUUUGUAUCUGCAUGUGUAAUCUUUGUUGCUUCAGCAGCUUUGUUCGGAAAUAUGGGCAUGAGAUUGGCUGUAAAAUGUUUAAGGCUAAGCCAAUAAAACUUUGAUAUUUGUUGAGUCAA